AUGAGGGCGAAGCGAGGAUCGCCGCCGCCUCGAAAAGCCGUGGUCGCCGCCGUCUGCGCGCUGAUCGUAGCCAUGAGCGGCGCGCCGCCAGGCCACGCGUGGUGCGACUUCCUCACCAUCUUCAACUCCGGCGACUCGAACUCCGAGGGCGGAUUCUGGGCAGCGUUCCCGGCGCAGUCCGUCCCCUUCGGGAGACCUUCGGUAGGCCCUCCGGCAGGGCUUCUGACGGUCGGCUUGUCAUCGAUUUCUUGAGUACUCUCUCUCUCUCUCUCUCUCUCUCUCUCUCUUCGGACUGAGGGACGGAGGGACGCCUGGAACAUGCAGCGCAAGCUCUGGGGAUCCCGUUUCUCAGCCCGUACCUGCAGUCUAUCGGGUCGAACUACACGCAUGGUGCCAACUUCGCGACGCUGGCCUCGACAGUGAUGCUGCCCAAUACCUCCCAGUUUGUCACCGGAAUCAGCCCCUUCUCCCUGGCCAUUCAGCUCAGCCAGAUGAAGCAAUUCAAGGUCAGAGUUCUCGAGCUCGUCCUAGAAGGAGGUACGCAGCUCCUCCCCGUUCCUGUUCACAGGAAGCCACCUUCCCCCACUUUAGGCAGUUUCCGAACGGGUACCGCUUGCUGCUGUCAAGGGUCUCUUCCUCCUGAGGAUAUCUUCGGACGAUCACUCUACACCCUGGACAUCGACCGGAACGACUUCCCCUCCAACCUCGCGGCCGUCGGUAGCGACGGAUUCAAGCAGUAUCUUCCUCAGGUGGUGGAUCAGAUCGCGUGGACGAUUAGGGUAUGAUGUAAGACUGUCCUCUCGGUCCUUUCUUCCUCCCCCAGGCGACCACAGACGGAUUGUGCCUCUACUGGUUUCUCAGGAGCUGUACGCUAUCGGAGGGAGGACCUUCCUGGUGUCGAACCUGGCGCCCGUCGGGUGUUGCCCUGCGUUCCUCUCGAACCAGGCAUCUUCGAUAUCGACGAGCACGGCUGCGUGGUCUCCUACAAUGACGCGGUAGAGCAGUACAACAUCCUGUUGAAGGAGGCCCUCCGGCGGACCCAGAGCUCGCUCGCCGGCGCUACCGUCGUGUACGCGGAUAUCCACGCUGUCAAGCUCGAGCUACUCAGGCACCCCGCCGACCACGGUGAGCUGCUUUCCAGUCGCCCUUCACCUUCUCUCCCUCUUCUGUUCUCAGGUCUCCCACUCACCAUCAUUCUUCUUUGGCAGGGCUUCAGUAGGGGACCAGAGUUUGCUGCGGAUAUGGCGGCGGGGCCUCUAACUUCGAUCCGCGGGUUUACUGCGGCAAUACGAAGGUGAUCGAUGGCACGGCCGUGACGGCGACCGCCUGCGCCGACCCUCAGAACUACGUGAGCUGGGACGGCAUCCACGCGACGGAGGCAGCUAACAAGCUCGUGGCGGCGGCCAUCCUGGGUGCUUCUUACUUGGACCCUCCAUUCCGGCUUGCCGAUCAUUGCGGCCUGCAACCAAUUGGGUGA